AUGAUUCGCGCCCGCAUCAAGGAGGCUCCCCUGCUACUGCUCGAUCCUUAUGUGGCUGUCAGCCGCGUCCUUCUGCGCUCGACCACCAACCAGCCAGCCUGUAGUGACGGUGACUGGGCUAGCUGUGCAGCUGCACUACAGGCAUUGCGGAAUGCCCAAAUCACCAGUUCUGAGCAUGCGGGCUACGUUUUAUCCUUGGGGUUAAGUCUGGUGACAUUUCACCGGCUCAUCUCAGGGAUUUCGGCGAGCACCAUUUGCCGGUUCACCCUAUCAUUGAUCCGCCCACUCUACUAUUCAGAACAGUUACAGGAGUCGGACACGAGGGAAUUGCUCUGUCUGGUCUUCCUCGACAUCACCGAGUCUCUUUUCCGAGCUAGGAUUCCCGUGAUCCAGUAUCGCGUGCGUGAUCCGUACCUAGUAAACCACCAUGCGGGCCUGUGCGGAUCGCUUCUACCCCUUCUCUAUCGUGUCUGUCUUCUUGGGGCCUCCAUCAGGAGAGGCUCUCAACUCACUGUCUCUCCCGAUUGCUUCGACAAUCUUCGUGAGGAGAUUAUCGCAUGGGCGCCUAGUGUGUCAGUUGCAACGACCGAGCGCUUCUCGGAGGAGGAGAUGCUCCUCCUCCUUACACAGGGUAAUCUCCAUCGCAGUGCGACCCUUCUCAUCUUGCACCGGCUGCGAUUCCCUUUUGGAGAGCGAGAUGAUGAAGCCGAGCUCCUUUCCCGGACAAUUAUUAGGGAGAUGCAGCAUUGUCUAGCGAUGACCAAACAACAUCCUCCCAACAUAUCAUUGGUUCUGCUCGUUGCCGGAGCUGAGGUCCAGGACUCUGUUGGCCGGGAAAAUAUCAUUUCGUUGCUGCAGAGCAUCAAUGGCUCAAGCUUCUACCCCUUUGUGGCGAAUCUCCGGCUAUUCCUCAGUCGCGUCUGGACCAGCCGGGACGAGGGAACCACACGCUAUCUGUUCCACCUAUUCGAUAAGGAUGAUAACCUCAGUAUCCCUCUGUGA